CUUAGAAACAACAGUUGUGUUUUGUUAGCAUUGCAGGAUUCUUACUAUAUAUGUUUGGUAAACUUUCUCUGUUUCUCAGAAACACUAUUUAUUUAAAGCCUGCGUGAUGUGUGUGAGCUCGGAAGUUGUGUUGUGACCGAGAAUUAUAUGAACAAUGGAAGAUAAUAAUACUCAAGAAGCACUAACAAAGGCAGUAGAGCCUGGAACAAAUGUGAUCAAUGAGGAGAGUUUACAGAGGAAGAUUUUAGUGGAAAACAAGAAAAUGUGGGUGGUGGCCGGCCCGGCCAUCUUCACCCGAUUCUCCACGUUUGGGAUAAAUGUCAUUAGCCAAGCUUUUGUAGGCCACAUCGGUUCCACUGAGCUUGCUGCCUAUGCUCUCGUUCUAACCCUCCUUACUCGAUUUGCCAAUGGAUUGCUGCUUGGAGCAGCCAGUGGAUUGGAAACUCUAUGUGGGCAAGCCUACGGUGCAAGGCAGUAUCAUAUGCUUGGGAUCCAUCUUCAAAGAUCAUGGAUUGUUUUGAUUAUUAUGUCAACUUCACUUGUCCCAAUCUACGUAUUUGCAACCCCUCUCUUAAGAGCUCUAGGACAGAACGAAGCGAUUGCUGAAGAGGCUGGGAAAAUCGCCAUCUGGUGCAUUCCAGUGAUGUACUCCUUCGUCGUCUCAUUUACCUGCCAAAUGUACUUGCAAGCACAGAGCAAGAACAUGAUCAUAACAUACCUUGCAGUGUGCUCACUCUCGAUCCAUCUCUUUCUCUCGUGGCUUCUAACUGCCAAGUUCCAUUUUGGUGUCACCGGUGCAAUGGUGUCCACUGUCUUAGCCUACUGGAUUCCAAAUAUCGGCCAGUUGAUCUUUGUCACGUCAGGAGGAUGCCCUGAGACGUGGACAGGCUUUUCAACCUCGGCUUUCAGUGAUCUUUGGCCUGUAGUCAAGCUUUCCGUGUCAUCAGGCGCUAUGCUUUGCCUCGAGCUCUGGUACAACGCGAUACUGAUACUUUUGACGGGAAAUUUGGAGAAUGCUAUGGUUGAAGUUGAUGCUCUUGCAAUCUGUCUCAACAUCAUUGGCUGGGAAAUGAUGAUAUCUCUUGGAUUCUUGGCUGCAGCAAGCGUGCGCGUUUCAAACGAGCUUGGGAAGGGCGAUUCCAGAGCUGCAAAGUUCUCCAUUGUCAACAUAGUGGUGAUCUCACUAGCCAUAGGGCUGGUGCUGUUUGCACUCUUUCUAGUCUUUCGCAAGCGCCUGGCUUAUGUAUUCACGGAGGAUCGUGCUGUGGUUGCUGAGGUCGCUCGCUUGUCGCCUCUGCUGGCAUUCUCCAUCCUCAUGAACAGUGUGCAGCCAGUUCUUUCUGGAGUGGCGAUUGGGGCCGGUUGGCAGAGUGUGGUUGUUUAUGUUAAUAUUGGAUGCUACUAUUUGAUAGGAAUUCCUAUUGGAGUUUUGCUUGGUUAUGCAAUGAAAUUACAUGUUGAGGGUGUGUGGAUUGGAAUGUUGAUAGGCACUUUGAUUCAGACUAUAAUGCUAAUGAUCAUAACUAAGAGAACUGAUUGGGAUAAACAGGUCUCAAUUGCCCGACGACGGCUUAACCGAUGGAUGGUCAACGAUACGACCUAAUGAUCGGUCAGCAGAGUCCGUAUGACCAGCAGGAUUCUCAUCUUCGUCAUCGUACAUAAGAAACCAAGCAUGCCAAAAUGUUACAUCCCCUUUUGUAGUUGUAUAAGUUGAGAGAAUGUUCACCUCAUUCUAGUUUGGUGUGUUUUCUUAUAUAAAUAGAGCCCAUUUUUCAUAAAACUUGUUAGUAUUUGGUUUCUGUUCAUUUCAACUGCCCAAUAAGCAACUCAGCAACAGAAAUUGUCUCGCUUGUA